GCGGGGCCUGCUGUGUGUUUUCAGCACCACGGACAGCUCCUGUGUCUGUCUGCAGGGAGGCAACGCUGACUGAAUCCAUCAAUAACCUCCAGUUUGAACCAGCAUCUCUCUUUUGCUCUUUUCCCAUCUAUUAUUCAUCAUCUGGACUCCUUCUCCGUGGACUGCCUUUUCAUGCGUUGUCUUGUCAUCUAGUCGGUGGCUUCAUCCUUCUUCUCUCCCCCCCCCCACCUCCAUUGACAACCGCUGUGAAGCAGGGAGCCGCUCCAAGUUCUCCUCCUGCAAUCAUCCGUCUCCCGAUUAUGUUCAGAUUUGAGACCUACCUGGAGUUGCUGCUACUUUAGGACGCACUGAGGAUGGCAAUGAAGUUAAGUCGUCUGAUGUGAGAGCGAAGACCCGCAUCCUCAGACUGGAUACGACGCAUGUAUUUCUGAGCAGAGGAAGAUGAGGAGCCUGCAUGACUUUUUAAACUGCACUUAAGAGAGAAAGCGAGCUGGGCAGAGCAUCUGUGCACACAUUUGUCAGGGUGCUGCAUCUGCAAACGCCAACGCAGCGUGAACCCGUCCUCUCUUAUCUGAUCCCUCAAAUCCACCCGUUUUCAUCAUGAAGAAGUUCCGGAAGGUGUUGGAUGGUUUGACCACCUCCUCCCCGGUGGCGACAAUCGGAUCCCCGUCCUGUGGCAGCGCGGCUGGAACUCCCACUGCAGCACCGACUCCCAAGGAGAUCGACAUCCAGGAGACUCUAGUUUCUGAAAACUUUCAGCUGUGUAAGACGGUGCGCCAUGGGUUUCCCUACCAGCCCACAGCAUUGGCAUUUGACCCAGUGCAGAAGAUAUUGGCCAUCGGCUCAAGAUCAGGAGGUGUACGAAUACUGGGCCGACCUGGAGUCGACUGUUUCUGCCAACAUGAAAGUGGAGCCGCUGUUCUUCAACUGCAGUUUCUCAUCAAUGAGGGGGCUCUGGUCACGGCCUGCGCAGAUGACACGCUACACUUGUGGAACCUUCGUCAGCGGCGGCCGGCCAUCCUGCAUUCCCUCAAAUUUAACAGAGAAAGGAUCACAUUUUGCCACCUUCCCUUUCAGAGUAAAUGGCUGUAUGUGGGCACAGAGCGUGGGAACACACACAUCGUCAACAUCGAAUCCUUCAUAUUGUCUGGAUAUGUCAUCAUGUGGAACAAGGCCAUCGAACUAUCGACUAAAACCCACCCAGGACCUGUAGUUCACCUGAGUGACAGCCCAAAAGAUGAAGGCAAGCUUCUUAUCGGAUUUGAGAGCGGAACGAUUGUACAGUGGGACCUCAGGGCCAAAAAGGCAGACUUCAGAAUCUACUAUGAUGAGGCCAUCCACUCUGUGAGCUGGCACCAUGAAGGAAAGCAGUUCAUGUGCAGUCACUCCGACGGCAGCCUGACCCUGUGGAACCUCAGAAACACCACAAAGCCUAUCCAGAUCACCUUUCCUCACGGGAAAAUCCAGAAGGACGGGAGGAAGGAGUCAUGUAAACCCAUACUGAAAGUGGAGUACAAAACAACAAGGAGCAGCGAGCCUUUUGUGAUAUUCUCUGGUGGUCUUUCAUAUGACAAAGCAGGGAGGCGACCGACGCUAACCAUCAUGCACGGCAAAGCAGUCACAGUGCUGGAGAUGGACUAUCCAAUUGUUGAGUUCAUGGUUCUUUGUGAGACUCCGUACAACAACGAGGUCCAGGAUCCGUACGCCGUUGUGGUGCUUCUAGAAAAGGACCUGAUCGUGGUGGACCUGACACAGAGCAAUUUUCCAGUUUUUGAAAACCCUUACCCCAUGGACGUCCAUGAGUCUCCGGUCACCUGCACGGCAUAUUUCGCAGACUGUCCUCCAGAUAUCAUCCCCAUUCUGUACUCAAUAGGGGCAAAGCAUAAGAAGACUGGCUACAGUCAAAAGGAGUGGCCAGUCAGUGGAGGGAUGUGGACAUUGGGCUCGCACACCUACCCAGAGAUUAUCAUCACCGGACAUGCCGAUGGAUCGAUUAAGUUUUGGGAUGCAUCUGCAAUCACACUACAGAUGCUGUACAAGAUGAAGACGUCAAAGGUGUUUGAAAAACCAAAGCAGGGUGAGGGCCGGUCUGUGGAUUUAGUCGAGGAAGAUCCUUUCGCAGUUCAGAUGGUCAGCUGGUGUCCGCAGAGUCGCAUCUUUUGCGUCGUCGGGAUUUCAGCUCAUAUCAUCCUGUAUCGCUUCAGCAAAUACGACGCCAACACACAAAUAGUGUCACUUGAGGUGCGCUUGCCGUGUGAGUCCGAAGAUGUCAUCACCCCAUCAGAAAACGAAAACAAUCCCUGCUUCUCUGAGACUGGACCCCACUCCCCGCAGCCGCACUCGCAACACCCGCCAAGCCCUGGCAGCCGAACGCCUGAAGGGGUCAAAGACAGCGUCCCAUCCCUCAAGGUGAAGGACAGAGUGGUCCGGGUGCCCCCUGGGUACCAGGCAGAGCUAGUCAUUCAGCUGCUAUGGAUGGAUGGAGAACCUCCACAACAAAUCACCAGCCUGGAUAUCAAUUCAGCUUAUGGCCUUAUGGCGUUCGGGAACUGUAAUGGCCUCGCAGUGGUAGACUACUUGCAGAAAAGCAUCCUCUUGUGUAUGUCAACACUGGAUCUGUACGGCUCUGCCGAUCCUUACCAGCGCCUUACACGCUCCCCCCGGAGGAACCGACAGUCCACCUCAGAACUUUGCAUGCGUGGCCUAUCUAACUUUUAUUCUGAUUCAAAGAAAAGGAUCCGUACUUCCUAUCAGAGCCUUACAGAACUCUCUGACAACCAGCAGUCCGUCGACAUGGAGAGAAGCAAGUCGCCCACCUCAGUUCACUAUCCAACCUCCCUCCACAAUGACCCACGAGUCCUUCCAGAACCUGUUGCCAGUCUGAGAGCGAGCCACUGCAGUCCAGUCUUUUACUUGCUGGAUAAUGUCAGGGGCCCCGGCAGAAAGUUAAGUCUGCCAACAGAUCUUAAGACUGAUCUUGAUCAUGUCAAUGGACAUUGCACUAGCCCUACCUCCCAGCCCUGCUCGGCGGGGAAGCCUCGCAACCCGAUGGGUCCUGAGGGGCCACGGCUUACACGCAGAGGCCCCGGCCGACCGCCAUUCCGAAAGGCCCAGUCGGCUGCUUGCAUGGAGAUCUCUUUGCCUGUGUCCCACACUGAAGGUUAUGCAUCCAGAAGGGCAAUGCUUCAGCAGUUACAUGGAGUCACUAUGUACUCCCAUGAUGAGCACCACACCACCACCACCACCACCACCACUCCCUACUCCUGGAGCGAGAGAGAGAGUCGUGAAAACUCCUUCAGUCGCUCACGUAGUUCCAGCGUGUCCAGCAUCGACCGCGACACCAAAGAGGCGAUCACCACGCUGCAGUUCGGAGAGUCCUACGGCCGUAAGAGCGAUCCCCUGCCUACCCCGUGUUUAUGGGUGGGCACCAGCCUCGGGGUGAUCUUACUCAUCCCAAUGUCCAUCCCCACUGAUCAGGAGGAGAGGAUGGAGGAGCAGGUCACCAUCGGCCCCAGCGGAGCUGUUCUGAUGCUGAAGGGCUCAGUUUUGCGCUUUGGCUUCAUGGACUGCAUGGGCGCGCACAUUCAAAGCCCCUAUGAAGUUUGGCGGGAUCUCAAUGCCCCGGAGGACCCCGACCGACCGCGGCGGAGGAAACUGGUCAACUUCUCCCCCUCCUCAUCCCAGGACGCCUGCGGAGAGGGGCAUCUGGCAGUGGUGUGCUCAGAGAGGCAGGCCAAAGUCUUCCUGAUGCCCUCACAGUCCUGUCUGUUCGUCCACAACAUCACCGAGUCGUCUUUCGUCCUGCGGGCCGACGUGGUGUCCGUGUCGAAUAGUGUGUGCCUCGCCUGCUUCUGUGCUAAUGGACAUGUCAUGACCCUCAGUUUACCCAGUCUCAGACCUCUGAUGGAUGUAAAUUACCUGCCUCUGACUGACAUGCGCAUUGCGAGAACCUUUUGCUUCACCAAUGGGGGGCAGGCACUUUAUCUCAGCUCCCCGACAGAGAUCCAGAGAAUUACCUACAGCCAGGAGAUGUUUGACAACCUACAGGAUAUGCUGGGCGAGCUGUUUGUACCGAUUGAAACACCAGAGGCCCAGAACAGAGGCUUCCUAAAGGGCUUCUUUGGAGGAAACGCUCACACGUUCGACAGAGAAGAGCUCUUUGGUGAAGCAGCUGCUGGCAAAGCCUCCCGCAGCCUGGCUCAACACAUUCCCGGUCAGGGGGGUGUCGAGGGUAUGAAGGUGGCCGCUAGUGGUGUGGUGGGCGAACUGGCCAGAGCUCGCAUCGCUCUUGAUGAGAGAGGCCAAAGACUUGGAGAGCUGGAGGAGCGGACUGCCCUGAUGAUGACCAGUGCCGAGACCUUCUCCAAGCACGCUCAUGAGCUGAUGUUGAAGUGCAAAGACAAGAAGUGGUACCAAUUCUGAGAGCAGAAGGAGGCGACGGAGGUGACCCUUGGAUUGCUGAAAGCUUUACGUCAGGGAGGGGACUUUCACUCUGCAGACGGGAGCAAUUAAAGGAAGGACUCGAGAGUGACUUUGUCUUAAUGGCUUCUGGGCCGACAACAAGUGCGACGACGUCACACUGUCGAAGGACGUGGACAGGAGAGUGUCUUGUCUAGACAUGUAGUAAGGAAGGAAGGAAGGAAGGAGGGAUGAUCGAAGGGACUGAAAACCAUGUAGAAACUAAUGGACAGGUCAUUGCGUGCCAGAAUGUUUUUGGGUUUUCUGGACCUCACUGUGUAGAUACUCAAAAAUUUAAGAAACCAACAUGAAAUGCAUGAUAAACAACUGGAUGACUAUAACAAAUAUCAAACUGCCAUAGUAAAAAGCAGCAUGCUACUUUAAUGCUACUUUAACAAAUGAUACAAAUAUAAUAAUUUUCUUUAAUUAUAUACGCCAACUACAGAAACUAUGAAAAACUUUAUAUUUUUUGAAAUAUUGACAAAAAACUAACUAUAAAAAGGGAAAUGUAUACUGCAUUGCUACUAAGCCAAAACGUGUGUUCUUUUUCCCAAAUUUCUUUAUUUCCUUUGAUCUUUUUUUUCGUCUUACUUGACACAGUCAAUGCACAGCUCUAUCUAACUCUCUUUCUACACAUUGAAUUGAUACUAAAACUCUCUUCACAAGGCUCCUGCUUUUCGGCUACAGCUUGUCACAAAAUGCGAAAUAAACAUUGAUGUGGACGGAAAUAAGGGGACGUGGUGUGCGAAGGCUACGAGAGUUCAAAGGUAUUUUGGGACAUGGUUUGUUUGUAUCUAUAGCAUAGGGUCAAGUAUAAAUCAUGUGCCAUAAAAGGUGAGCAAAACAAAGAGCUAUCAUCGUGUGUUUACUGUUGACCAAGACAAAUGAUGCGUCAGUGUUUUGAAAAGGGAAUUACGUGAGGAUCAAAUGGUGUGUUUUGUUUUUGAUAGUUGCCAUUUUUGGCCUUUAGCGGUACAAGUCGACGGAUGUUUAAAUAAAAGCGCAUCAUUUUCUUCCAAAGCAAUCAAAUCCAAAAGGCGCCCUCUCAUCUCUUGGCCCCGGUUUCAAGUGGUGAUUCGUGCGUUCUCAGUAUUUUCAAGACAGUGGCCGUCUGUGAUCACACGAUCGUGAUUGUCAACCCGCACAGACUUAGGAGAGGCCUCACAUCCAUGUAACCAACUCCAUCGUGAGUCAUUUAUGGUUCAGAAGUGACAGUAUUUUUUGCUCCAGUAAUGUGAGUCAGUGAUUAUUGCUAAAAAGAAAAAGACAAAAAAACAAUGUACACGUGUUUAACAAUUUGCAGCAAUUUCAAAUGAAGGAAAAUAUGUUCAAUUUUCGAUAUUGUUGAUGAUAUCCUCUUGUCGCAGUCUUAUAUUUGAUGGUGGCGGCCUGAUCACGAAAGGCUCCUGUAUGUUUAAAAAACAGUUUCAUGAUACAUGGUCGUGUAUCAAAUUGUGAUUGUGUUGUACAUGUCAUUGGGUUUCCACAGGUUGGAGGGAAAACAGCUGAAACCAAGGAGGAUAUUUUGUAUUUUGUGUAUUUGUCUGUAUUUUGAAUUAAUCUGAAAAAUCAAGAGCAAUUGAUGGAUUUAAUAUCUGUCUUACACGUCAGGCCUUUAUGCACAUUAUCAUCAACACAUAUGGAGCAUUGUGCUUUGAUUGUGCUGACGUCACUUAAAAUAUGCACACUCAAAACACCCCCCACAAAAUCGCCUGGUUCCCAUCAGCUUCACUCCCAACACUGAUGGAAUCUGGAGUCAUUUAAGGUGUCUUAAACAUGAAUGAAUAAAUUCUCUCUUAUCUCUGUACUGUUGAUGACAUCCGUGUGAAGUGCAGUUCUUUCAAUAGCAGAGAAAAGUCACAAAAUAAUCAUGAAAAAAAAAGACUUCUACUGACAGGGUGUUUUGUUAGUAUGUUCUUUUAUAUAUCAACUGUAUAUUUCAAUCUUCUGGGGGCGAAAAGAAUACAUUCCUGGGAUAGUUUCCCUGUAUAUGUUGUACCCGUUUCGCUGUUAUCCUGGCUCUGUCUUUAACCACCAAUCUUCACACUGUUGUAUCUUGACAAAUCAUUUCUCUGGUUUCUUCAAUAAUGGCAGCAAAGUUUGUCUUAUUUCAAUCAAUUCUGUCACAUUUUUUUUUGGUUAUAAUUGAUAUUACAAUAAUGUACUAGAAUUUACUUGGCAAAAAAAUAAAGAACUGAACAUAUGUUGAUGCAAACUGAAAUAAACAUUGAUUGA